UAAUCAGCUGUUCAAAUGUUUACAUUCACUCGACACCACCUUCAGGGUCAUUUCACCUUUAAAACUGCAUUCGCCGCUCACGACUGCCAAUUAGCACUCAGCUUGCUGGGGCUUGCACGAUUGGCGCGGCUUGUGUUUUCCUCUCAGUCGAAUACGAAACUUCGGUGAUAAAGCUGCGGGAAAACUUCCGCCUAAGUUUCGGCAUUAUUUUAUCGGCAGCGUAGAAAGAUAGUGCUUACUGGUGCUUCAUUAUUGCUAUCUACCAUUAGAUAAAAUCAUGGAGGAGACGUAUCUGUAUGAUCCCAGCCUGCUGAUAAAGCUUGACUUUCACCGUAGCCCAGCCAAGUUCAAGCCUUUCAUUUCGGCAGCUAAUCCCGGAGAGUCAUGGAUGAAGGUGAGACCCCUGAAGGAUACGGACUACGACCGUGGAUUCCUGCAACUACUCUCCCAACUCACGCAUGUGGGCAAUGUCAGUCGUACACAGUUUUUAACGCGCUUCUCGCAGAUGAAAGCCAGUGGGGAUUACUUUGUAACCGUUAUUGAGGAUACGCGGAAGAAUGAGAUUAUCGGAGCAGCAUCCUUGGUCAUUGAACGCAAAUUUAUUCAUAACUGUGCUGUGCGUGGCCGCCUCGAGGAUGUAGUGGUCAACGAUACCUACCGCGGAAAACAACUUGGCAAGCUGAUCGUGGUAACAGUCUCACUUCUGGCCGAAGAACUUGGCUGCUACAAAAUGUCAUUGGACUGCAAGGACAAGCUGAUCAAGUUUUACGAAUCUCUAGGCUACGUGCUCAUCCCAGGAAAUUCCAACUCAAUGACCAUUCGCUACGAUGAAGGACCAACACUAAAGCGUAACGUCACCUCAUCCGGCUCCAGCGGAACAGUAGGCGACUCCUGCCAAACUGUGAGCCUCGAUUUUGCCUCUUGACAAUUAGCCGCCAACGCUGCUCCAAAGUCCAAGCUUUGAGUGACCACCACUCAUCUCAAGGCUGAAAAGUGCGCGAGGCGCAAUGCAGAAUAUCAUUUGAUUGGACACACAUUAAAAUUAAAAAUAAUGCUUUACAUUGUCAAAAUUCCAUUGCGCUGAGGGCACGAUGGAUUUUUGGACAGCGCUGGCCGGCGGUGGUGUCCUUGUGGGACAGUGGUCGCUUCUCACCCACCCGCGAGGACAUACAAGUAGUUAUUUAGUUAAAGGCAACAGCAACACUCGUUGCUCUUUGUUUAAUCCUUACAGAACUCUCAAUUUUAUAAUUUUUUCUCCCCUUUUUGCUACUGAAUGUGCGGCUCAACUCUCAACCCCAAGGUUGUUGUAAUAUUACCUUUCAAAAGCACUUUUAUCAAGUAGCACUUACAUUUUAUAAACACAAAUAAAUAAAAAUGACAAACAAACUAA